UCCAAACAUUUUGAGAACCUUUUUUAUUUCUGAAAUAAAAAACUAAUUUACACCAAGAACUUCUGGAAAUUGUGGAGUUGCGAAUUCGUUGCCGGUCCGAGACCCGAAAUGGCUUUACAAAAGGUGCGAGAUGCCUCCUUGGUUUUUCGAAAUCUCAAUGGGAUCCUAAAUGUCUACAAACCGGCUGGCAUGAAAAUCAAGCAUGUUCGGGCAGCAAUUUUACAUAACAUAUGUGAAGAUUUAAAUGCCUUGAAGGCUAAUAACGAACCCGAAGCCCAUCAAAUACCUUUACUGGAACCAGGCGGUGCUGCAGACCCUUUACUUAGGAAGGUGAAUUCAUUGAAUUUAGCUGAACAUGUUCUCAGCACGGGACCACGUUAUCAGAUGGAGGAUAUACGUUGUGCAACAGUUGCCAGUUUGGGUAUCCACACAAGCGGAGUUUUGUUAUUUGGUAUUAACAAAGGCCUCAAACAAUCAAUGAGAAUACAACGCAAUCGUCCCAUACGAGCCUACCAUGUAACCGGCCAAUUGGGCAAGGCCACUGAAACACAUUUGCCAGAUUCGCAUACAACGCUGAAGGCUAACUACCGCCAUGUCCAUCCAGACCGCUUAAGUGCCUUAGUCUCUUCCCUGCAAGCCUCACAUCAACGCAAAAUGUUCGAAUUAUGUGGUGUGGAUAUGCAAUCCCAGGCAGCCUAUGAAAUUGCCUGCAAGGGCCUAAUACGACCUGCCAACAACAGCCAGCCUAUCAUCUAUGGCAUUAAAUUAAUUGAUUUCCAAAAACCUCAUUUUACAUUGGAAAUUCAUGCCAUUAAUGAAUCGGAAAGUUAUUUAGCCACACUUGUCCAUGAAAUUGGUAUUGAACUGCGUACCGUGGCCCAUUGUACAGCGUUACGGUGCAUCCGCCAUGGGAAAUUUUCGGUGGAAGGAGCUUUGCUGCGACAUGCCUGGAAUUUACCGGGUGUUGUACGUAAUAUGCGAGAGCAAAAAGAUAUUCUAGAGGCAAAUCCUUACCUGUUGAAGCAAGAUCGCAUUGAAUUACGGAAUUAAUGAGGUGAUUUUUUGAUGGAUUGGAUCAUCAUCAUCACCAUAAGUAGCACAUAAGUUGUUUUUGAGGCUGUGUGGGUUAAUGGAAUAUCUGUAUAUACAGUUGGGGACCAUAACGAGGCCACAUAUUCUCAUAAUUUAGAUUUUAAGAAUUAAAGUUGUUGAAAUUGUUUACUAUUGAAAUAAAUGGACAUUUAAUGUAA